AUGUCUCUGUUGGAAGAAAAUACAAAUGACCACUUCCUCAAAUCCAUUGCCAUUGAAUGGCUUGGCAAUAUAGCCUGCAGAAUCAAAACUGACUAUAAUAGACUAUCUGGAACAGCCGGAGCUUACGGGCCUGAAUGGAUCUGCUCGAUGCAUGAAACGUUGCCGAUGAAUUUGGGGAUGGAAACACCAACCAGCUCUAUUGCCCUUAUAGAUCAAUGUCGUAAAAAGCUAUUGGAUUAUAUUAUACAAGAAAAUACCAGUGAGAGCAUUGCUCAGUAUUACUUAUGUAAUUGGGGUUUCAUGGAAUCGGUUCUUUGGUUGAAAGCAAAUAAGGGUUGGGAAGCUGAAGACGAAAGACUUCCAACUGUUAAAGCGAAGGAUCAAACAGCACCCAUAGUGAAUGAAGAGAACACCGAAGACAAUAUCGCUAAUGAAGCAGCCAUUACUGAUACCACGGUUAAUCAACGAUCGGAAAAUGAAGAUAUUCUGACGGUAGAGCCUGAUUCUACAGACAACGGUAUGAUUGAGGAAGAUUCAAAAUGGCCGAAAGAGGCUGUGUUGCUAUUAGAAGAUACUUGUAAAUAUUACUGGUUGAAGUGCUUGAAUAUUGAUUGUCAAGCUUUCCCCCCCUCCAAAUUUUGUAUACCAAACCAUGAUUCAAUAUUAACAGAAGCGACCAGUAGAGAAGACUACAAUUUACUGUGUGUACUUCUAGCCUCUCGUCAAACACUUUAUACUAGUUUACAUUAUAUCAUUGCUGAGCUACUUACUUGUUUAGAAAAGGAUGGCGUUGUUUAUCGAACCAAAUCCCUCAAGGCUUUCGAGAAAUUGGCUAUUCAAGUACCUGAAAUCAUGAAUGAUACGCGUAUUCGUACAGCCAUUCUGCAUCGUGUUCAUGAUAACUCCCCUUCUGUCCGUGACGCUGCUCUCAAAGUUGUAGCACGGUUUUUAGUUCAACUCAAUUAUGAUCAAGAAAAUGUGAAGCUGCUGCAUAAACUCUAUAAUGUUGUAAGCGGAAGAAUUAUUGAUACAGCAGUGCCAGUUCGUAAAAGAUUAGUGAAGCUGUUAGCCGAUCUCUAUCCCAAAUUUUCGGAUCUUAACAUCAAAACGGAUAUUGCUUCAAAAUUGAUCUUGAGAAUGAGCGAUAAAGAAGUGCUAGUAAAUCAGUUAGCGUUGAAAGCAACUCAGAAAAUUUUGUUCGAGCCGUUUAAAGAGAUGGAUAAGGGUCAAGGCGCCAAUGAUUACUUCGGCUAUUCAUAUGCUAAUUCACCGAAAAGUCGGAAACACAAGAUCACGCAAUUGACAAGUAUCAUUACAGGUGCUGUGUCAAAAUUGAAUUCGACCUUUAUAGGCCAGAAUAUCGCUUUAACACAAAUCAUUCAAAAGACACUUGAUGGGGCCGACGAUAAGGAUAAAUUGUGGUAUGAUAAAGUAUUCCAAUGGAUUGUAGAUUGCUUGUUUGACGGAUUAAUCAAAUUCGAAGAAGAGGAUAAUUCCGAAGAGUUCAUCAAUUGUUUGGCAACUGCUGAUUGGGUUAAAGCGCACUAUACUCUUACCAUUUAUCGUGACGUUUUACCUAAUAUGAAGUAUCAUGAUCCAAGCUUUAUCCAUUCCGUUGAAAGACUGCUGAUGCAGCUUCUCGGUCGUUGUCCACUAAACUUAAUACCGGAUGGGGUGUCUUGCUUAUGUACUAUCGUAGAUAGUCUAUCUCACCGAUACGAUAUUCUUAUCAAAAUGCUUGGCUCAUGUAUAACUAAAUUAAGCGGUCUUCGUGAGCUCAUCAGAAGUGGUCGCGAGUCAGAUAUCAACUCCUACGCUGGUGUCUUGAAGAUGUUAUUGAUUUGUGGACUAUUAUGCCAGCACUUCGAGUUCGACAAGAGACGCGAACAAAAUCCUGAAGAUAUGAAAUCACUGGACUCUAUUUAUAAGGGCAGUAUCAAUCUGUUAGUGUUCGAUAUAUUACAGUUCUUUACUAGUGAGGAAAUGUACAAUCUUGAAGCAGUAUCAGUAACAGAAAGAGAAUCCAGCAACAAGGGUAUGACACUUCGCAUGACUGCUCUACAAGGCCUUGGCUACCUUUUCGCUUCUUAUCCCACCUUCAUGAUAUCUCAGGCCAGCAUUAAACUGAUGGACAAUAUACUCUCAUUGUCGAACGAGGAAUCUGCAGCUGUCGAAAUGAAAAUUCAACUUAUGCAUGUAUACCAAGAAUUCCUGGCUGCCGAAGAAAAGCGAUUAGGCAAAAAAGAAAUUCUGGCAGGCGAAGCGCUUGCGAUAAAAAGCAAAAGUUUAAUAGACGUCGAUACUCUGUUAGGUAAUACAGAAGAAUAUGCCGAACUAGGCGUCAAUGGGUCGUUGAUGCAGCGAUACUUGAAGAAAAUUUUGCAAUGCACACUCUCGAAUGAAUCCGAGCAAUUGCGUUAUGCUGCUUUUGAAGUCGUUUCAUCGAUCAUUGAGCAAGGCCUAGCUCAUCCUGUAUUAUGUAUGCAAGUUAUUGUCGCUGCAGAAACUAGUAUGGAUAUGACAUUGCGUAUGAAGGCUUAUUAUUUGCAUAAAUAUGCCCAUGAUAAGUAUGGCCAGUUACUAUAUGUUCAAUUGAACGAGUGUUUCAGUACAUCAUAUGCAUAUCAAAAAAUCUCAUCCGGUGAUAACGUUAAAGGUAGUUAUAGUAGGGGAAGAGGAGGUGAUGCUAAAGUAGAGUCUGUUCUCGGUUUGACUUAUUCAGUUUUGAAAGAAAAGAAGAAAUCUAAGCUUGAUUUCUUAUGCGGGCUGAUCAAACCUUUUGAAUACGAUAUGAAAACUGCGUCAGCAGAUGAUAUUGAUAUUGGCUACCUUCAAUAUCUUGCAGAAAAUGCUAUAUCCUUAGACUUAGGCUCUACGGAUGAAGUGCUCCAUAUGGUUCACAUUAUGGAUCGUAUUUUCUUUACCACAGGUGCUGAUCUUUCGUCCUAUAUCCAAUAUCUGAAGAAAAAAGGUGUGCUCAGUAACGCGAGUCUUGAGAAUGAAGUUGUGACAAACAACGAAAGCACUAGCACUGCUUUGGAUGAUGACAUUACUGUGACAUUCAAACUAGCUAUUGCUAUGUGUAUUUUACUGUAUACGAAAAAUUUGCUUGUAGAAUUAUAUGAUAUACCUGAUGAGUAA